AUGGAACACAAUCUGGGUCAAGGCUCCCUUGAAGUCCACAUCCGCAAGGAUCUGGGAGAACAACCGAAAAGUCGCACAUCCCUGGUAAAUGCACCUGGUAACAUUAAAUAAAAUUAACAAUGCCAACUACAAAGCUUUGCUGGAGGAAUUGUAGCAAUACGGCUUCGUAGGGUUACAGAACCGUAGAGCUGGAAAGGGACCCGAGGGUCAUCUAGUCCAACCCACUGCAAUGCAGGAAUCUCAACUAAACAAUCUUGUAAUUUGCUGUUAUUCAAACCCAACACCCAUCCUCAGGUGGUUUAACCCUCAGGGGCCCUCCAUCUGGUUAAAAGUGUUCCAUGAAGCAGGCUUUAUUACUGAACUUUAUUGCAAAAAUCAACGUUCGGGGCUGAUAAAAAACUCACGCAGCAAAUGAGUAAAACAAAGGGCUUUAUUUUGCAAGCCAGCAAAAUAGGCACAGAGGAAUAGACUCCAAAGUCUGCGCCCAACAGAUUGCGCCCCUUAAUAUACAUUUCUGUUAUCUCCUAAGGCAAUGUAUAUUCAUAGUAUAUACACCAAGUAUCAAAUGUGGUGACAGUAAUAAUAAUGCAACAAAACAACACCACCACAAACUGGCUUAUAAGUAUAAAACCAAAUUUACUAGAAUCAUAACUAGAAUAGAGAUAGACUUGUAACCAUUCAAGCAACAAACAUACUAAGGUGCCAUGUGCAAAACAAAGCCUGGAGAUACAGUGGUACCUUGGGUUACAUACGCUUCAGGUUACAGACUCCGCUAACCCAGAAAUAGUAUCUCGGGUUAAGAACUUUGCUUCAGGAUGAGAACAGAAAUCGUGCUCCGGCGGCACGGCGGCAGCAGGAGGCCCCAUUAGCUAAAGUGGUGCUUCAGGUUAAGAACGGACCUCCGGAAUGAAUUAAGUACUUAACCUGAGGUACGACUGUACUGUAAACAUGGACUAGAUAAAUGUACAACUGUAUCUUAACAAGUUACAUGUGCAAUAAAUGUUAUACAGACUGGAUAAAUGAACCGUUCAACAAGUAGCGUAACUCCUAUCACAGAACGGCAAACCCGUGCCACCACAACGGCAAGGCUAGCACACUGGAGAAUAUGAAAAAGUUUUUCAAAGCUGUUUUUCAAAGAUUGAACUGGAUGAGAUGUUCUUCAAUAGGUCUUGCGUUAUUCUCACCAGGGUGGUGGCUUUGAUUUGCCUUCCUGUGAUUGAUCUAUGCAUACGGCUUUGUGUUUCCAACUCAAGACCUACUGAAGAACAUCUCGUCCAGUUCAAUCUUUGAAUGGGGUUGCCGUUCUGUGACUGGACUUACGCUUUUUGGAGGACGCUGAAUUUGGUCCUCUUUGAGGCCUUGCUUUCGCAAGCUUUGGCACUUGAUCUUGACGGAUGAACUAAUAACUCGUAUCGGCAAGAAAAGGACAGGCAAGGAACUCAAUACUUUUUAUUUGACUUGGUAUAAUUUUAUUGCCUAGGCAACAUCAGGCCAACGCGGCUACAGACCACUGGCAAGGCACAGAGACCUGUGGAACGAAACCUUUGUUUGAUGAGAGAAACAAUGUUAUUUUAAUUUUUUAAAAAUUAAAAUUAACUCGGUACCUCACCAGCAGGGGAGGCGGGGCUGUUUGUUUGCAUGGAAGCAAUAUUUCUGAAGACUGAGGUGAAUGGAUUCCCUCAGAAGGUGGUGGACUGUCUGUCAUUGAAUGUUUUAAAACAGAUGGAUCGCCACCUGUCAUGCAUGGAGAUACCUGAAUUCACAGGGUGGUUGGACUAUCAGGCAUGUCCAACAGGUAGAUCGUGAUCUACUGGUAGAUCACUGAACGUCUGUGGUAGAUCACUGGUAGAUCAGUGGCUCCCCCAAAAGAAGCUAAAAAACUUUGGCUCCCCUAAAAAAAACUCAACAUCUUUGCCCUGCACCCCUAAUAUGACAUGAACCCCCCAAAAGGGGGUAGAUCACUGCCAGUUUUUUACUCUGUGAGUAGAUCACAGUCUCUUGGAAGUUGGCCAAACCCCUGGACAAGAUGACUCCAGGAAUCCCUUCUAUCUCCACAAUUCUAUGAUGCUGUGAUUCUCCUUCUUUCUGAAAAAUAAAUAAAAACAAAUGGUAGAAAAUGUAUGUUAAAAACAGGUAAUAGCUUAAAAAAAGGAUUCAACUUGAAUCCUAGACAGAUGUCAACUUUUAGAAGGGUUGUUGAAAGAGGAGCGUCUUCAGCAGGUGCCAAAAAAGGGACAAGAGAGGCAUCGGAUGGAGCCCCAAAACAUCUGGAGGGCACCAGGUUGGCCACCUGCGUUUCAGUGAUUUGACUGAUUUGUUGUGGCAGAAGCAGCAGCGGAUUAGAUCCGACUCCCGACAGGUGCACAAUUUGUUGUCCUCAUCUAGGCGACACAAAUCCUUUGUCAUGCGCCUGACAAAGCAGUCUGUGGCCUCUGCUUCGAGAAAUUGGUGAGUCUUUAAGCUGUCACAAGGUGUGCUUUUUUCGUCUGCGGCGGCAGCAACUGUCAACACAGCGACACCUCCGGAAUUUGAUCUAAGCGGGUUGUUUGUCAAACAGAUCUCAGGCUGAAUUUGUCAAACAGCUCUCGGGUCGGCUAUACGGUGGUGUUUCCCAUAUGGAGACGCACCAAUAUUUUUGCUUUUUCCUAAUGAGGCGAACAGCGCUUGAAGGAUGGGGGGAUAUAUCUGGGAAACAGUAUGAGGGAAGGAGUUAUUUGUACAGCAGCGUCAAUUCAGUUCCAGGAGCGCUCCCAGACCAGACCAUCACUAUUUCUGGAUGGGAUUGUAUACCUGCAAAAUCAGGCAAUGCAAUUGAAAUUCAUUUGGCACUCCUGUGUCACAAACGCACUACACUCCUGCCGCCCAAACCAGGAGAAUGACAGGGAAGUGCCCUGAAAAAUGUAUAGCAACACUUAAAAAUAUAAGUGCAUCCUUCCUAGCAAGCUAAAUUUGGCUUCCAGGACCUCACAGCUAUAUUUCCCCGAGUCACCGGUGGAAAUGGGCACCACGACCAUCAACUCCUCCCCAGCAAUAUUUAUCAUGGUGUCUAAGCAACAGGCAAUAGCCACAACCUGUGUUGGCUGGCAUCCAUCUGUCCUGGGAGACAAUGGAAGGGGUGUGCCUUGGGGGGUGAAGUCAACAACAACAACAACAACAACAAUUUAUUAUUUAUAUCCCGCCCAUCUGGCUGGGUUUCCCCAGCCACUCUGGGCGGCUUCCAACAGGAUAUUAAAAACACAAUACAGUAGACGCUCGGGUUGCGAAUGUGAUCCGUGCGGGAUGCACGUUUGCAACCCGUGUCUGCGCACGAACAGGUUGCAAUUCUGUGCUUCUGCGCAUGCGCAAAGCAUAAUUUAGCACUUCUGUGCAUGCGCGACUGCCAAAACCCAGAAGUAACCUGUUCCGGUACUUCUGGGUUUUGGCGGUCCACAACCUGAAAAUACGCAACCUGAAGCGGCUGUAACCUGAGGUAUGACUCUAUAGCAUUAAACAUUAAAAGCUUCCCUGAACAGGGCUGCCUUCAGAUGUCUUCUAAAUGUCAGGUAGUUGUUUACUUCCUUGACAUCUGAUGGGAGGGCGUUCCACAGGGCGGGCGCCACCACCGAGAAGGCCCUCUGCCUGGUUCCCUGUAACUUUGCUUAUUGCAGUGAGGGAAGGGCCAGAAGGCCCUCAGCGCUGGACCUCAGUGUCCGAGAUGGACGAUGGAGGUGGAGACACUCCUUCAGGUAUACUUGGUAAAACAUGCUCUGACUUCCCUACAAACAAAUCAUGAUGCAUGCGCAAUAAACAAGCUGUGUGGAAGAGACUCAGAAUCCCCACAACUGUUGUAAACAGAAAUAUAUAAAGAUGGGAGAUACAAGCCUAAAUCUGUCAACAUUGUCGCCUAGUGUGACCCUAGAACACAACACAAUGAAAUUGACCAGGCUCCUUCUGCAAGAGAUAGAUAUACAGUAGUACCUCGGGUUACAGACGCUUCAGGUUGCAUACUCUGUUAACCCAGAAAUAGUACCUCUGGUUAAGAACUUUGCUUCAGGAUGAGAACAGAAAUUUGUGCAGUGGCGGCGCAGCGGCAGCGGGAGGCUGGUGCUUCAGGUUAAGAACAGUUUCAGGUUAAGAAUUGACCUCCGGAACAAAUUAAGUACUUAACCCGGGGUACCACUGUAUUUGGUGGGGGGAAGGAGAAACAGAGAGCCAAUGAAAGAGCCUUUACAUGGGCCAAUGAAUCAUUAAAUAAUAUUUUUAUAGCAAGGUUUUGACAAUGAGAGUUUUCCUUUCCGUCCAAGCCAGACCUAAGAUCAAAAACUGACCCAUGGAGAGAGGGGAGGGAUCCCUAGAGGGUGUAUCUUGCCCAGUGUGGCUGGUCUUACUUCCUUGAGUUGGCUAUAUAUCUGAUGUUACCGUUUUGCCAUGCGUGGCUUUCCUCUGCCUUGCAAACACAGUGUGGUCUAGGUUGUGCAAAAGGAAACAAUUUCAGAAGCGGGAAGGGAAGGCAGCUGUACGACUAGCCUGACAGACAAAAAGGUUAACAUGAAUGGCCUUUUGAUCUCUCUCAGUGCCCACAACUCUUAAGAGCAGGCGUCAGCAACCUUUUUCAGCCGUGGGCUGGUCCACCGUCCCUCAGACCAUGUGGUGGGCCGGACUAUAUUUUGGAGAAAAAUAAUGAACUAAUUCCUAUGCCCCACAAAUAACCCAGAGAUGCAUUUUUAAUAAAAGCACACCUUCUACUCAUGUAAAAACAUCAGGCAGGCCCCACAAAUAACCCAGAGAUGCAUGUUAAAUAAAAAGACACAUUCUGCUCAUGUAAAAACACGCUGAUUCCCGGACCGUCCGGGGGCCGGAUUGAGAAGGCGAUUGGGCUGCAUCCGGCCCCUGAGCCUUUGGUUGCCUACCCAUGAGUAAGAGGUUCCAAGUCUGUUUCUGAGAUCUCCCUCGGAUGAGCAUUUGGGUACACAGCGAGGCCUUUGAUUGCCCCCCCUUCUUCCCAAGGCAUGACCCAAAGCCCUAAGAUUUUCAAUCUUCAUUUUGCCCCCAGUUGCCCAGGUUACUAAGACAUCCAAGUUGCCGGGUUACCAAGACGCUCCAGUUGCCCAGGUUACAAAGAGAGGUCCAAGUUGCCUGGGUUACCAUGCCAGGUUAUCAAAGAUGCCCAGGAUGUCACCCACCCUUGCCUGAGGCAGCCCGGCUGCCACGAUGCUCCGACUGCCCACCACGCGGCGGUGCCAGCCUUGCCCUGCGUUGACUAACACUGCACUCCGCUCAGAGUUGCCUAGAUGCCCAGCCUGAGGCCAAACUCCCCUGGGAAUGGAAGUUCAUUCUGCCAGACGCAGAGUUGUGCCAAGUUGCUCUCUCCAUCCUCCCCUGGCUCACGUCAGGUUGCCCCUGGCAACAGCAUCCCCUGGGGGGAAGGAGAGGCGGGCGGGUACCAGCCCAAGGCUUUCCCGGCCCCGCCCUGUCCCUUUCCCCAGCCCGGCAGCCAACCAGAGGCCUCCCCCGGCUGCCUUUCAAGGCUCCCCGCCCAAUGGGGUGGCUCCAGAGGCGGGGCAGUGGGGGGGGGGUCCGCAGCCCCAGGCGGAGAGGGCGGGGCUCCAUCCUCUCCAUCCUGAGCGCUGGGCUUGUUGCUGAUGAGGGAGGACUGGGAGGCAGGAGUCUGGGACAGGAGGAGAAACAGGUAAAAAAAGAUUUGGGGGCGGGAGGGGGGAGCUGUUGCGCUCUGGGGGGCGCUGGGAAGCUCAAGAAAGUGAGUCUACAUUAAAAGAAGAAUUUUUGAAAAAAUUACUGUUUGAUUUGAGAGCGAAAAUGAGCAGGUAAACUUCAAAGGCGGCGCAUCCUUCCUUAGGAAUUGUGGUCUUGCAACAGCGCUGGCCUUUUGGCCAUUUUCGUUCCAGCCUUUAACAAACUUCAGUCGUUUAUUUCGUUGCAUUUUGCGCCGGUCUGCGCGCAUCCCGAAGCCGUUUCUGCGAUGCGUCAGGGAGUUGCCAAAAAUCUCCUCCUCCGAACCACCAACCUGUUGUUUAUUUCCUUCUGUCGGGAACUGCGAGCGAACGGGCAAAGUUCUUGAUGGUUCUCCCCCGUUAUAAAAGAGGCGGAUUGUGCGUCGUGCGCCUUGGGGAGGGGAGAGGGGCGCCUGGGAUCUGAAAUGGAAUAGAGGGGGAGUCUAGAGGGAGAUUCGGGGGCUGAAUGGAUGGUGGGUUGCGAGGAGGAGGGGUGUGUUUGUGUCAGAUGCGGGGAUCUGGAGCAGGUCUCUAGCGGUUUCCCUGGGAUUAAUUCUGGAUACGAGUGAUCAGGGAACAGGUGCUUCUGAGGGUCCAAGCUGAGGGGGCUGGAGGCUGGAGCAGAAUCAUAGAGUUGAAAGGGACUACCAAGGGUCAUCUAGUCCAACCCCCUGAAAUGCAGGGAGUGGUGUGGAUGGUUUUGAAAUGACCGCAGGAAAGGGGAAUCGUGAAGUUGCCUGAGUUAAUCUGCUGUUUAUCAAUGUUCGUCUAUUCAUUUCUCUGAGGAAGCCCGAGGUGCGUACGUGGUUUUCUCCCCCUCCCCAUUUAAUCUCCACAACAACCCUGUGAGGUAGGCUAGGCCGAGAGAUGCAGUGAAUGGCCCAAGGGCACCCAGUGAGCUUUGUGCCUGAGAGGAGAUUUGAACCCAAGCCUCUGAAACUCUAACCCAGGCAUAGGCAAACUUGGCCCUCCAGAUGUUUUGGACUACAAUUCCCAUCAUCCCUGACCACUGGUCCUGUUAGCUAGGGAUCAUAGAAGUUCUGGUCCCAAAACAUCUGGAGGGCCGAGUUUGCCUUUGCCUGCUCUAACCAAUGCACCACCCUGUCUCUCUCUCUGCAACCCAAGUUAGGACUGCUGGGUUCUCUUGCAAGCUCCAGCCGUUUGAAGUGUACAGACUCACCCUUUCCCUUGCUCCAGAGUGUCGCCUGAGGGAGGAAUAUGUACUGCUGCAUCCUAAUAAUAUAUCACAGCAGUAUAUAAAGGCCCAGCAACUGUGGGCUGAUUCUGAGCUAUAAGUUUCCAUCUUUCCCCUCUCUCAUCUAGUCGCAGGAGAGGCAGGUCACUCCCAGACAAACUGUGGAGCAUUCAUCUCGAUUUUCUUACUCCAAAUUUACAGGGAGGUUAAGGGGCACCAUCUGCUUGUCGCGCAUUUGUUUUGAUUUGUUUGCAAGUAGGCUACACAACAUGGUGUCAAUCCGCUAGAACGAUAGAACUGUAGCGUUGGAAGGGGCGCCAGGGAUUAUCUAGUCCAACCCCCUGAUGUGCAGGAAUGACAGCUAAGGAAUCCCUGACCAACUUGCGCUCUACAACCUCCAAGAGAGAGUCUGUUCCACGGCUGAACAGCUCUUACCGUCAAAAAGUCCUUCCUAAUGUUUAGUCGGAAUCUCCUCCCAUCUGGAGCAGCGGAAAAGAAGCUUGCUCCAUCUCCCAUGUGUCAGAUAUUCAGGCGUUUGAAGAUGGCUGUCAUGUCACCUCCAGGCUGGAUAUGCAACUCCCUCGACUGCUCCUCAUCAGGCUUGAUCAUCUUCCUCACCCUCCUCUGCACACCUUCCAGCUUGUCGAUAUCCUUCCUAAAUUGUGGUGCCCAGAGCAGGACACAGGACUCCAGGUGUGGUCUGACCAGGACAGAAUAGAGCAAGACUAUUACUUCCCUUGGUCUGGGCACCAUGUCUCUGUUGAAGUAUUGCCAUUCCACGCUUUCCAGAGCAUUUUCACCAUCACUUUCCUUCCUGCAAAAUGUUUGAGUUUUGUUUUGUUUUGUUUUGUAAAUGAGCUUGUUCAAAGAGCAUCAGUUCCGCCUUAAUUGUGCAACUUGAAUUUGCUGGUAUUUGAUUGAAUCCCACUUGGAAAAUAGUGACAGUCUGUUGUUGUUUAGUCGUUUAGUGGUGUCCACCUCUUCGUGACCCCAUGGACCACAGCAUGCCAGGCACUCCUGUCUUCCACUGCCUCCCGCAGUUUGGUCAAACUCAUGCUGGUAGCUUCGAGAACACUGUCCAGCCAUCUUGUCCUCUGUCAUCCCCUUCUCCUUGUGCCCUCCAUCUUUCCCAACAUCAGGGUCUUUUCCAGGGAGUCUUCUCUUCUCCUGAGGUGGCCAAAGUCUUGGAGCCUCAGCUUCAGGAUCUGUCCUUCUAGUGAGCACUCAGGGCUGAUUUCCUUCAGAAUGGAGAGGUUUGAUCUUCUUGCAGUCCAUGGGACUCUCCAGAGUCUCCUCCAGCACCAGAAUUCAAAAGCAUCCAUUCUUUGGCGAUCAGCCUUCUUGAUGGUCCAGCUCUCACUUCCAUACAUCACUACUGGGAAAACCAGAGCUUGAACUAUACGGACCUUUGUUGGCAAGGUGAUGUCUCUACGUUUUAAGAUGCUGUCUAGGUUUGUCAUUGCUUUUCUCCCAAGAAGCAGGCAUCUUUUAAUUUUGUGGCUGAUGUCACCAUCCACAGAAGUCCCCAUAUGUUUUCCCUUCCACCUAAAGAUUCCCAGAAUACCCAGAGAUUUUGAAAUGCAGACCUGUAAACCCUUUUCUGCUGCUUGGUUCUGUUUACAAACUCUGAUUUUACACGGCUUGCAGCUGACCUCUUGCAAAGUGCAUCUGGAGACAGAUGGAGGGAGCUCUCGGAGCACCAGUGUUUCUUGAGCACAUCACCUCUUGCAAGGGCAUUGUGUUUACCGUCACUGCCGCAAGAAACAUUUCAGAAAACUCACGAAGGAAUUGAGACCGGCACAAAGCUGUUUUGCAGCACUGAGAUUGUGAAGUGGGAGGGUGGCUAGCCUGGUCUUUUUUUGGAAGGGUUCGUUGGCUGUGUGAAAAAUGUAAAGGUGACAAAUCUGUGUUUUUCAUUUGAGAGGCAGCAAUAGAGUUGGAGGCUGGUGUCGAAGCUCUGCAAAACAGGUGCAUGUGGAGGGCUGAGAGCCCCCCUUCUCCUUGGUUUUGAAAGAAUCGGGGAGUUGAUUCUGUUUGUGACCAUGAUCUGACUAGUGUGGGGUAAUGUGGCGCUGUGGUCUAAACCCCUGAGCCUCUUGGGCUUGCCGAUCAGAAGGUCAGUGGUUUGAAUCCCCGUGAUGGGGUGAGCUCCCGUCGUUCGGUCCCAGCUCCUGCCAACCUAGCAGUUUGAAAGCACGUCAAAGUGCAAGUAGAUAAAUAGGUACCGCUCUGGCGGGAAGGUAAACGGCGUUUCCGUGCGCUGCUCUGGUUCGCCAGAAGCAGCUUAGUCAUGCUGGCCACAUGACCCGGAAGCUGGAUGCCGGCUCCCUCGGCCAAUAAAGUGAGAUGAGCGCCGCAACCCCAGAGUCGGCCACGACUGGACCUAAUGGUCAGGGGUCCCUUUACCUUUACCUUUUAGGCUCCUGUGAUGUACGUCAUGGGCCCCGCCUGCUAGCCUGCUCCCUCAAAUAUCCCUGGUUUGCUCCUUUCUAUAUAUAUGGUGCCCACAUUCUGCAUGAACUGGUUGUACGGCAACAUGUGCAAAUGGCUUGAGAUACCUAUGAGUCCAUAGCUUGAGAUACCUCUGUCCCAGCUCCUGCCAACCUAGCAGUUCGAAAGCACACCAGUGCAAGUAGAUAAAUAGGUACCACUGCAGCGGGAAGGUAAACAGCGUUACCAUGCGCUGCUCUGGUUUCUGUCACAGUGUCCCGUUGCUCCAGAAGCGGUUUAGUCCUGCUGGACACAUGACCCGGAAAACUGUUUGCGGACAAACGCCGGCUCCCUUGGCCUGAAAGCGAGAUGAGCGCCGCAACCCCACAGUCGCCUUUGACUGGACUUAACUGUCCAGGGGUCCUUUACCUUUUUUACCUUUGAUGGUUGGAGUGUUGGACUAGGAGACCAGGGUUCAAAUCUCCACUCAGCUAUGAAGCUCACUGGGCGAUCUUGGGUGACUCGCUGUCUCUCAGCCUAAACUACCUCGCAGGACUGUUGUGAGGCUAGAAAUGGGAAGAGCGAGAAUCACAGGUGCCCCGCUGAGCUUGUAGAGGAAAAGUGAGCUAUCAGCAUCGUAAUGAAUGAGAAGCAAUUGCCAUUGUUAGGAUUAAUAAUAAUAAUAGAAAUAAUUUAUUAUUUAUACCCACCUAUCUGGCUGGGUUUCCCCAGCCGCUCUGGGCUGCUUCCAACAAAACACUAAAAUACAAUAACCUAUGAAACUUUAAAAGCUUCCCUAAACGGCUGCCUUCAGAUGUCUUCUAAAAGUCUGGUAGUUGUUUUUAUCUUUGACAUCUGGUGGGAGGGCGUUCUAUAGGGCGGGCGCCACCACCAAGAAGGCCCUCUGCCUGAUUCCCUGUAACCUCACUUCUCGCAGCAAGGGAACUGCCAGAAGGCCCUCGGAGCUGGACCUCAGGGUCCGGGCUGAACGAUGGGGGUGGAGACGCUCCUUCAGGUAUAUUGGAAGGAAUACCCUUCUGGGAUGGCAGUAACCAUGACUUGCCCAAGAUAUUUUGCUCUUUUAAGCAUGUGUUAGCUUGCGGUCCACAAAUUCUACCCAGGAAUCCCCUUCGCUGUGACAUAUUGCAAGGAAUUGGAGAGGGGGGAAAUCUCUGGGCUCCCCACAUACCGAUUCACUGGCACUCCUAAAUGUUUUGGAGGGACCUCAUCCUUUAGAAAUCGUGGUGUAAACCUUGCAGGCUCACCUUCCUUGUCUCAGUCACCUCUUAGAGUUCUGUUGUUGUUAUUUUUUUCCUGGGCUGUGGCUGCAAUGGAAGGCAAACGCAGAAGCCGCUCAGCCGACUGGAAGCUUGCAAAGCUGUGAGCAGACCCUCGCCGUGCUUAGAAAGGAAGCUGCCCUAUUUAUGCUGAGUCCAUCUAGCGCAGGGUUGCCUACACUGACUGGCAGCAGCUCUCCAGGAUUUUAGGCAUGGUUCUCUUCGAGAUGCUAGGAAAAACCUUGUGACCUUCUGUGUGCAAAUCAGCUGCUCCUGCGCUGAGCUAUGGUCCUGGUUUAGAAAUUUGGGGGAAGCAGGACAAUUCCCCUUGUAGCUUGGCAGGAUGAUCUAUGUAGGCCAAUGGGAAAAGAAUGAUGCAAUCGUAGAGUUGGGACCCUGAGGGUCAUCUAGUCCAACCCCCUGCAAUGCAGCUGGACCAUACAGGUUCGAACCUGCAACCUUGGCAUUAUCAGCACCACGUUCUAACCCUCCUUCUGAGCUGCCCAAGACCCCUCCUGGAUCAGCCAGCAACCCAUCUAGUUUAGGACCCACGUACCUACGGGAUCGCAUCUCCUGGUAUGCCCCGCGGUGGACCUUAAGGUCCACAAAUGACAACAUUUUGGAGGUCCCAGGUCGCAAGGAGGUUAAAUUGGUCUCAACUAGGGCCAGGGCCUUUUCAGCACUGGCCCCGACGUGGUGGAACGCUCUGUCAAAAGAGACUAGGGAUUUGACACUUUUCCGCAGGGCCUGCAAGAUGGAGCUGUUCUGCCUGGCCUUUGGUUUGGACUCAGUCUGACCCUUACGUUUCCCUCCCCUUAUGGUUUUGAUCUAUGGGCUACUUUUAAAAUGAGGCUGCAUUUUAAAUUGCAUCUUAACCUGUAUUUUAAAUUGGUUCCCCCCCUAUUAUGUUUUUACUGUAAUUUUACUGGUGUUAGCCGCCCUGAGCCCGGCCCUGGCCGGGGAGGGCGGGGUAUAAAUUAUUAUUAUUAUUAUUAUUAAAAGCCUGUUCUUACCGUGACCAAAUAGCCCAAUGAACCUAGGAACCUAGAUAGACUGCCUUUGGAGCUGGAGGUUCAGUUAGAACAUAAGAAGACUCUGGCUGCUGGAACCGGUCAGUGGCCUCUAUAGUCCAACACCCUGUUCUCACAGUGGCCUGUCAGAUGCCCCGAGGGGAAAGUGGCAGGCAGGAUUCGAACGCAAGAGCGGCACUCUCCCCCUCCUGCCGUUUCCAGCAACAGAGGUGCCGCACAGCCAUUUGGUUAGCGGCCAUGCAUAGCCUUGCCCUCCGCGAACAACAAAGCUUACAAUUGCCUGGAUAAAUCUUCCUUGGAUCUCUUCACUUGCCUUUUAAUUUCAGCUAGGGGCCAUUAGGGAACGGAUGCAUUAAGUGGCUGCUUGCAAAGUCUUCCGCCAAUUAGCGCUUGAUAAAAGGGAGCCCUUUGUCACUGGCAGUUACAAGACUGCUCUGCUCAUUAAGGAAAGCAGCCCUCCUGGACGACUGAACCACGCAGGAUGGAGGCGCUUAGGUACCUCGUAGAAAGGAGAUUUGCGUUUGCACCGACGCGCUGACGCUCUAGUUGGCAGCGGGUCUCGAACCCGUGUCCUUAGGGACGUUUGACGGGCACUUUGCCUGCGUGCAGCUGCCCAUCUCUGUUCCAGAGGGAGAUUGGCUGGACCACAAAAGAAACCACUUAGCAGCAGGGUCAGACCAGGUCAUGUAGCAGAAGCAGAGGACACAAGUCGAGGAAGGGCUGUGGGUCAGCGAGAGAGCAUGCAGAAGGUCCAAGUGCAAUCCUCGACAGCGUCUCUGGGAGAGGAGCCUCGUCCCAAACCCUGCUGCCGGCCAGUGUAUACAGUACUGAGCCGGGUGGACCCAAUGAUCUGACUAAUAAUAAUAAUAAUAAUAAUAAUAAUUUAUUAUUUAUACCCCACCCAUCUGGCUGGGUCCCCCCAGCCACUCUGGGCAGUUUCCAACAAAACACUAAAAUACAAUAACCUAUUAAACAUUAAAAGCUUCCCUGAACAGGGCUGCCUUCAGAUGUCUUCUAAAAGUUUGGUAGUUAUUUUUCUCUUUGACAUCUGGUGGGAGAGUGUUCCACAGGGCGGGUGCCACUACCGAGAAGGCCCUCUGCCUGGUUCCCUGUAACCUGGCUUCUCGCAGUGAGGGAACCGCCAGAAGGCCCUCGGAUCUGGACCUCAGUGUCCGGGCAGAACGAUGGGGGUGGGGACGCUCCUUCAGAUAUACUGGACCGAGGCCGUUUAGGGCUUGAAAGGUCAGCACCAACACUUUGAAUUGUGCUCGGAAACGUACUGGGAGCCAAUGUAGGUCUUUCAGGACUGGUGUUAUGGGGUCUCAGCGGCCGCUCCCAGUCCCCAGUCUAGCUGCCGCAUUCUGGAUUAGUUGUAGUUUCCGGGUCACCUUCAAAGGGAGCCCCAUGUAGAGCGCAUUGCAGUAGUCCAAGCGGGAGAUAACCAGAGCAUGCACCACUCUGGCGAGACAGUCUGUGGGCAGGUACGGUCUCAUCCUGCGUACCAGAUGGAGCUGAUAAACAUCUGCCCUGGACACAGAAUGGACCUGUGCCUCCAUGGACAGCUGUGAGUCCAAAAUGACUCCCAGGCUGCGCACCUGGUCCUUCAGGGGCUUGGUACUGUUGUAAACAAAAAUUGUCCUUUUCCCUUAUGGGGUAUCCAAGAGCCCAUAUAGAGUCCUUACAUAGGUUCCCUAUUGGUAGGAGAAAAUAACAAAGGCCAACCAGAGAAUAUUGAAAAGCAAAGCAGCUAGUAAGCCUGAUCUUUAUUGAUCUGUUGCAACAGGGUGCUCCCCUCACCUGCAGGGAAGGAGGAGGAACCUAGAACAAUGGCGCCCAAGGCCUUAUAAAGACUUUUGAAAUUGCCACCCUGUAGAUCAAGACCACCCCCAGAUACAUCAUACAUACAUCACAGAAAGGGCGGUCUACAACAGAAAUCUGAGUGCAUUGUUUAUCUCAUGUUUGCCAGGUUACCUGUUAAUGCUCACUUGAUUGGAUACCCUGGUGAGCCUGGCCAGUCUUCUGUAAUGAUAAAUACUUAGUUCCUGAGCCAGGUCACAGGCUCACCUAAAUUCAAACACAGACAGACAUACCCUCAAGACAGGAUUUGUGAGGAAAGAGAACAGUGGGGAGCUUUCCCACUUUGACCUUGCAGAGAAAACAUUUGCUCAGUUUAGGAAUCAAAAUGGUUCCAGGUCGGUCUUCCUGUGCUGAUCUAUGUACGCGCUUGGUUGGGACGCUUACGAACAUUACCAUAUAUCUAAGACCUCAAAAUUCCUGUCACAGUACCAGUGAGUUUCCUGUACUGCUAGCCAGGGAUGGGUUCACAGUUUAAGAUUUGUGCAGCCAAAAACAGAGGGCUCUGUCCGUACGUCACGCUGGGCGGCAGAGGAGCAGGGCUGGUUGCGAGACCGGCAUCCUGUUCCAUAAUUGCAGCAGCCCAGGGGACUGUGAGAUGGAGGGGCAUCUAUAGUAAUAACAUUAUUCCCACUUUCCGAUGCCAGAAGAAGAUCUGAAAGGUUAUAUCGACGAGAGAGAUGGGGCAGAGAAGGACGCUUGUAAACUGUCAGGCAUUUGGUCUCCCCGCCUAAUGGGUUGUGAAGGCUCUGGGCUCUAAUGGGUUUGAGAUCCUUCUUGCUCUCCACCCCCCACAACUGACCUGCUCUCCUCCUCCCUCCCCCAGUGGAAGAGGGACCGAAGAAAAGCUGAACGGCUCCGAUGAGUCAUGCCGGAUAGCUUUGGCCAAAUCUGAUGCCAUGCUUUCAGUCGGCCGUGAGGCAUUAACCAGCAGGCAGAUCCUUGACGAAGGGGAAACUGAGCCACGGCUUCAAAGGCCAGCAUUUUGCAGGUGGGGUUUGAGUCAGUGCGUAUCUAGGAAAUUCAAGUGUGCACAGUUUUGUUUUUUUUUAAAAAAGGGGUGGACUUAGGAAAGUGAUGGGGAGACACAUUGAAAAGUGUGGGGCAAGCGAGCGACGAAUGCGAAGGUGUACAAACAUCCCUGCAAGGAGAUCGGGAUCCUUGUCAUCUAUCCUCCAUGUGGGCAAAUCAGGAAGAAUGCUCUGUAAAGACAGGGGGUGGAUCUACACACAGGGGAAAAAAUGCUAUAAAGAAGUCAUCAAUUAAAUCGUUACAACCAAAGAAAAAAAGCGCUAUGUAAAAUCACAUGGAAAAGUUUUGUGCUCUACAGUGCCACCUGGUGUUGCAUGUUUAUAAUGCAUUCAAAAUGCUGUUUUUUUUUAACUGAGUCCAGCUGUAGUCUGGCCUCCAUGUGAGGUUUUUGGGCAAGCAAAUCGGGACGGAGCAACUGAGAUAGAAGUGAUUCAUGACACAGAGAAAGUACAGAAGGAAAAAUGAUUCUCCCUCUCUCUUAACACUGGAACUUCUGGACAUCCAGUGAAGCUGAGCGUUGGGAGAUUCAGGGCAGAUGAAAGCAAGUCCUUCUUCACACAGCACAGAGUUGAACUACGGAACUCCCUGCCACAGGAGGCAGCGAUGGCCCUUGACUUGGAUGGUUUUAAAGGAGGGUCAGCCAAAUCCAUGGGGGAAAGAGCUGUCAGUGGCUGCUUUCAACCCUUGAUGGCUCGGCUCAGCCUCCGUGGUCGGAAGCAGCGGGGCUUCUGAAUCCCAGUCCCUGGAAACUGCAGGAGAGGAGAGUUGCUCUUGCGCUCGGAUCCUGUUUCCCACUGUCAUUUGGUUGGCCAUGGUGAGAACAGGAUGCUUUCAUCUUCUUCUUCUGUGAUCCCUCGUAGCCGAGUAAGAUUGUCUUCCAUAAACACAGUUUUAACAGAGAGUUCGUAAGUGACAGUGGAGGCCGAUUCUGGAUCCACACGUCCUUCCACAGGGGGGACAUUGGUUCCUGGGUGGGAGUUGAUCAUGGUGUGGAUUUGCCAAGCGUGCCUUCCUCUGAGCACGUUUCUCCCUUGCGUUCUGAGUUCGAGUGUCUUCAAAGCCCAGGACACCUUUGGUAAUGACUGUUCUCCAACUGGAGCACUCACAGGCCAGUGACUCCCAGUUGUCGGUGUUUAUACUAAUAAUAAGGGACGCGGGUGGCACUGUGGGUUAAACCACUGAGCCUAGGACUUGCCAAGCAGAAGGUCGGCGGUUCGAAUCCCCACGACGGGGUGAGCUCCCGUUGCUCGGUCCCUGCUCCUGCCAACCUAGCAGUUCGAAAGCACGUCAAAGUGCAAGUAGAUAAAUGGGUACCGCUCCGGCGGGAAGGUAAACGGCGUUUCUGUGCACUGCUCUGGUUCGCCAGAAGCGGCUUAGUCAUGCUGGUCACUGACCCAGAAGCUGUACGCCGGCUCCCUCGGCCAAUAAAGCGAGAUGAGCGCCGCAACCCCAGAGUCGGCCACAACUGGACCUAAUGGUCAGGGGUCCCUUUACCCUUUACCUUUAUACUAAUAAUAAUAAUAAUAAUUUUUUUGUAAUUUAUAUCCCGCCCUCCCCAGCCGAAGCCGGGCUCAGAGCGGCUAACAACAAUAAAAGUAACACAGCAUUCUAAAAUCAAUUCAUUCUAAAAUUAAUUCAGAAUCAAAUUAAUGGCAAUCAUUGGGCUAGAGUUCUAUGAGGAUUACAGAAGGAGAGAGGGGGUCAGACGGUGCCUUGGCCAAAGGCCAGGUGGAACAGCUCCGUCUUGCAGGCCCUGUGGAAAGAUGUCAAGUCCCGCAGGGCCCUGGUCUCUUGGGACAGAGCGUUCCACCAAGUCGGGGCCAGUACUGAAAAGGCCCUGGCCCUACUUGAGACCAAUCUAACCGCAGGGCCUGCAAGACAGAGCUGUUCCGCCUGGCCUUUGGGCUGGACUCACUCUGACCCUUAUGUUUCCCUCCCCUUAUGGUUUUGACUUUUAAAAUGAGGCUGCAUUUUAAAUGGCAUUUUAACCUGUAUUUUAAUUUGGGUUCCGCCCCACCAUUAUGUUUUUACUGUAAUUUUACUGGUGUUGGCCGCCCUAAGUUGGGGUAUAAAUAAAAUUUAUUAUUAUUAUUAUUAUUAUUAUUAUUAUUAUUAUUAUACUCUGGGACCCUUCCAGCUCUAUGAUUCUUUUAGCUGCGAUGGCCCUGCCAGUUGCACAGGAUGAAAAAAAAUAAUGUUAUAAUCCACAUCUAUUCAAGGGCACUUUUCUGGGGAGUCAGGAGGAGCUCCCAGACAAGAAGUGAGCUAUUUCCAGUGUUCUUCACACGGAGUCACUUAAUUCAAUUAACCGAUGUCCUAGGCACGCAUUAAGGCUCAAAUCCUUCUACUUCCUUAUUUUUUUAAAGGGCGAUAACUUCAUUACAGUUAUUACCAUGCGUAAGAGAGAGCCACCUGAAAUCCUUUUAGAAACGCACUACUGACUGGCAAUCUUAAUUGAAUAAAUAAAAGAACAGGCCGCUAAACCUUGCUAAAAAUGCUUUUUGAAAGUCCUUCUCCAACAUCACCUGGCAAAGUGAGACCCCCCCCUUUCUAGAUUUUUGCAUAGCCUCACACUAAAUGGUGAUCCGUAGGGUUUAGGUGAAUUGCCUUUGAUGGCUGGUGGCUACUGGGCCUGGUGCUCUUCUAACACCAACAUACCCAUUGUCUUUUGAAAUCAGCUUUCGUGCAGAAAGUAAAGGCACAAGGGCAGCCCCACCCACCCCACUUAGAACAUAGAAAACUGCCUUAAACCGAGUCAGACCAUUUGUUCAUGUCUUCUUCUCCUUCUUUGGCGAUCCCUCGUGGCUGAGUAGAAUUGCCUUCCAUGAACACGGUUUUGACAGUGAGUCCGUAAGUGACUGUGGAGGCUAAUUCUGGAUCCGCACGUCCUUCCACAGUGGGGACAUUGGUUUCCGGGUGGGAGUUGACCCCGGUGAGGGUUUGCCAAGCGUGCCUUCCUCUUAGCACGUUUCUCCCUUGUGUCCUGAGUUCGAGUGUCUUCAAAGCCCAGGACACCUUUGGUAAUGACUGUUCUCCAACUGGAGCACUCACAGGCCAGUGUUUCCCAAUUGUUGGUGUUUAUACUUCAUUUUUUUAGAUUUGCCUUGAGAGUGUCUUUAAACCUCUUUUGUUGACCACCAGCAUUACGCUUUCCAUUCUUAAGUUCGGAAUAGAGUAGUUGCUUUGGAAGACGAUCAUCAGGCAUCCGCACAACAUGACCAGUCCAACAAAGUUAGUGUUGAAGAAUCAUCGCUUCAACACUGGUGAUCUUUGCUUCUUCCAGUACACUGGUAUUAGUUCACCCGUCUUCCCAAGUGAUAUGCAAAAAAUUUUGGAGACACCGUUUGUGGAAUCUUCCAAGGAGUUGGAGAUGGAGUUUAUAAGUGGUCCAUGUUUCACAAGCAGACAGUAAGGUUGGUAAUACAGCGCAAUAUUGCCAACACUGGCUGGCAGCAUCUCUGCAGGAUUUCAGGGAGGAGUUUCUCUCAGCCACUAUCUGGAGACUGAACCUCAACGAAAUCAGGACAACCACCCCCAUCCGCCCCCUGAACAUUUGUGGUAUAAAAAGGGACCAGAUUUCAGCAGGAAGUUACAGACAAACUGGAAAUGAAGCAAUUGUUCACAGGUAUGAACAGUGUUAAAAGCUCUGGUUUUCCCAGUAGUGAUGUAUGGAAGUGAGAGCUGGACCAUAAAGAAGGCUGAUUGCCGAAGAAUUGAUGCUUUUGAAUUCUGGUGCUGGAGGAGACUCUGGAGAGUCCCAUGGACUGCAAGAAGAUCCAACCUCUCCAUUCUGAAGGAAAUCAGCCCUGAGUGCUCACUGGAAGGACAGAUCCUGAAGCUGAGGCUCCAAGACUUUGGCCACCUCAUGAGAAGAGAAGACUCCCUGGAAAAGACCCUGAUGAUGGGAAAGAUGGAGGGCACAAGGAGAAGAGGACGACAGAGGACGAGAUGGUGGGACAGUGUUCUCGAAGCUACCAGCAUGAGUUUGACCAAACUGCGGGAGGCAGUGGAAGACAGGAGUGCUGGCGUGCUCUGGUCCAGGGGGUCACGAAGAGGUGGACACCACUAAAUGACUAAACAACAACAACAAAUGAACAGUGUUGAAACAGGAUUGUCUAUUGUUGUUGUUAAUUAAUCUUAUUAACCACUUUUUAAAAACAAAAGUGCCGUAUUUUUGUGUGUAUAAGACUCCCUCAUGUAUAAGACGACCCCUAUUUUUUUAAACCCCAAAUUAACCCACCAACGCCCAAGAUCGCCCAAAGUUGCAGACUUUUUUUUUGGGGGGGGGUCUUCUAGCCGUAGGAAGGUAAGUAGUCGUUUUUCUAAAAAAACCUGUACAUUAACCACUUGUGUAUAAGAGCACCUCCAAUUUUUGACUAAAGUUUUAAAGCAAAAGACAUCGUCUUAUACACUGAAAAAAUACGGUAACUCAAAGCGGCUUACAGCAAUAAGCAAACACAUCAAAGCCAUCGUAAAACAAAGCACAGGGGAAUCUAAGAGACAAUCGUCUUUUCAAAAGCAGGAUUAAAACGGGGCACUCACUAAAGGAGGCCGCAGGUAAUGAAGAACUAAAGGCCUGACAGGAAAGAAAUGCUUUUGCCUGAAGGUAUGGAAUAAUGGUGCCAGGCGGGCCUCCCCAGGGAGGAGCCACCACUGCAAAGGCCCUGUUCUUGUGUUGCCACCCCCGGACCUCGUAUGGAGGGGGCCCAUGGAGAAGGGGUUCAGAUAAUGAUCGCAGAGCCCAGGAUAAUAAUAAUAAUAUAAUAAUAAUUUAUUAUUUAUUAUUUAUACCCCACCCAUCUGGCUGGGUCUCCCCAGCCACUCUGGGCGGCUUCCAAGAAAACACUAAAAUACAAGAACCUAUUAAACAUUAAAAGCUUCCCUAAACAGGGCUACCUUCAGAUGUCUUCUAAAAGUUUGGUAGUUAUUUUUCUCUUUGACAUCUGGUGGGAGAGUGUUCCACAGGGUGGGCACCACCACCAAGAAGGCCCUCUGCCUGGUUCCCUGUAACUUGGCUUCUCGCAGGGAGGGAACCGCCAGAAGGCCCUCAGAGCUGGACCUCAGUGUCCAGGCUGAACGAUGGAGGUGGAGAUGCUCCUUCAGGUCUACUGGACCGAGGCCGUUUAGGGCUUGAAAGGUCGGCACCAACACUUUGAAUUGUGCUCUGAAAUGUCCUGGGAGCCAAUGUAGGUCUUUCAGGACUGGUGUUAUAUGGUCUCGGCGGCCGCUCCCAGUCACCAGUCUAGCUGCCGCAUUCUGGAUUAGUUGUAGUUUCCGGGUCACCUUCAAAGGUAGCCCUACAUAGAGUGUGUGGCAGUAGUCCAAGCGAGAGAUAACUAGAGCAUGCACCACUCUGGCAAGACAGUCUGCGGGCAGGGAGGGUCUCAUCCUGCGUACCAGAUAGAGCUGGUAGACAGCUGCCCUGGACACAGAAUGGACCUGCGCCUCCAUCGACAGCAGGGAUGGUUCCUAGGGGGAGAGGAAGUUCUUGAGGUACUGGGGUCCUGAGCCACAAAAUAUUUUCUAGGGCAAAAACCCCCCACUUUGAACUGAGCCCAGAAACUAACUGGUCGCUUUGAUACCAUCAAGAGUGCAAAUCAUCAAGAGAGCACAAUCAAAAGGGUAUCUUCCUCUCUUUCUGUGAAUCAUUCCUAAACCACUUUUAUUCCCAUCCAACCCACCCUCUACCUCCUUUUUUCUUUUGCUGUCAGCUUGGGGGAAAAGUUUUUGCUGCCGCAGCUACACCUCUCCCCCCUCCUCUCUCGCUCGCUUUGUUCAAAAGCACAAAACACACACAAAGCGUCUAUUUUUAAUUUGCACGAAUUUUGCAGGCAGAGUUGAGCAGCAGAAGGUGGGAGCCCGGGAAGGUCCUUCGGGGGGGGGGGGGGAGAGGGAGAGGGGGUGGGUGGGUGGCUGUUUCUCAGCUCCCAAAGAGCAAACAGCUGCACUUUCCAAGCGCGAUAAUUAUACGGCUUCUUCGGGGGAUGCGGAUGAAGAAUCAUAUCGCCCGACGGAGGAGGUGGGGGCUGGAGUUAUGGCAGGUUCCGUCCACCCUCCCCAGGGAUAUUCGCAAGGCGUGUGACAAAAUGGCAGAGCCCAAGGAGUAGACUGCCGUGCAAUGGGGUUCUGGGACACCGUGCCGGCUGUCUUGUUGUAUGCAAUUGCAGACCUGCUCUGUGUUGGCUGGCAAAAUAUUGUUAACACAUGAUUAGUUAGUAGCUUCCACCCUAAAAGCUGCCUUGUUGGUUUGCUGUCUGCCAGCCGACAAGCUCACCAAACAACAAGCAAUACAAGCAACACGAAGACCAGUAGAUAGCACUGCAAUUCUUAUUGCAUAAUAUGUUAACGGAGGAAUCCGAGGGCUCCCUUGGACAAAAAACAAAGACACCAACCAGGACAAUUUGGAGCAAAACAGCAGCCUGUAGGCUUGGCCUUUAUUGGAAACUGUCGCGACAGGACUCCCACCCACAACAAGAUGAAGCAAGAUGGAAGACCAGAACAAAAGAAGACCCCCUACUUUUAUUAGUUACUAAUCCCCCAAACUAGACCCCUAAGACUACAUCACAACUACAUCACAGAAAGGAGGGGUUGUGGUGGUAACCUGAGUGUCCUGUCACCUGGCUGGUUCCCCUCUACCCCUCCCCAUGAGUCAUUUUCUGAAGACAAAAGGUAGUCGCAGUUUCCUGCCCCCAGAGGGAAGAUCUGAUCAUUGUCCUUUGUUCCAGUCCAUGCAGAAUCCACUCCCAUAUGCAAGUUCUUUGUGACCUUGAUGGUCUUCUGUCUGAGACCAUCAGGGUUGGCAUAGCAACUGGGCAGGGCUCCUGUGGAUGUGCUGGUAUGGUCAAGGGAUUAUGGCUGCCCUGUAUCAAACCUUCCCCAUGUUGUAGUCCUUCCUUCAUGGAGUAAAAUAAAAGUGGAACGGUGCGGAUCCGAUGUAUGGUUGAUUUUCUAUGAAUUUAUAACAGAAGUGUAGCGUAUGUCGUGUGUGAGUGUGUGUGUCUCAAGUUUGUACAAACUGAAUGAUGGGGGGAGGGUGUUUCCUGCGACAAUAUACAUGAUUUAGUACAACAAAAACAAAAUGUGUACACUUGUAAAUUCUCUAAUAUAUUUGAAAUCAAAUGAACACACAUCUGUCAAUCUUUGAAAGUCCGUAGAAGUAUAAUAAGUCUAUGGUUGAAAAAAGUAAUAAAUGUUAUCCUGUGGGCUAAGUGGUAAAACUUUUUUAAUGCAUUCAUGGUGCCGAAGUAGUAAGUAAAUAACAACGUAGAACAGUGAUCCCAGAUAAUCUGACUGUUUCAGAUUAUCUCCUUGGGCAAGAGAUAUAGAAGCAUGAUAAGCCGCACCAACACAUAGAGUGUAACAAGGACUGAGAGAUUGGGUGGGGGGCUCGUUUAAUCUCACUGUAAACAGUGGUAAAGGUAAAGGUAAAGGGACCCCUGACCGUUAGGUCCAGUCGCGGCCGACUCUGGGGUUGCAGCGCUCAUCUCGCUUUACUGGCCGAGGGAGCCGGCGUACAGCUUCCGGGUCAUGUGGCCAGCAGGACUGAGCCUCUUCUGGCGAACCAGAGCAGUGCACGGAAACGCCGUUUACCUUCCCGCCGUUUACCUAUUUAUCUGCUUGCACUUUGAUGUGCUUUCGAACUGCUAGGUUGGCAGGAGCUGGCACUGAGCAACGGGAGCUCACCCUGUCGUCGCGGGGAUUCGAACCGCCGACCUUCUGAUCGGCAAGCCCAAGAGGCUCAGGGGUUUAACCCACAGCACCACCUGCAUCCCUUAAGGUAAAGGGACCCCUGACCAUUAGUCCAGUCAUGACCAACUCUGGGGUUGCGUGCUCAUCUCGCUUUACAGGCCAAGGGAGCCAGCGUUUGUCCGCUCUGCAGACAAAUUUUCCGGGUCAUGUGGCCAGCAUGACUGAGCCGCUUCUGGCGAACCAGAGCAGCACAUGGAAACGCCGUUGACCUUCCCGCCGGAGUGGUACCUAUUUAUCUACUUGCCCUUUGAUGUCCUUUCGAACUGCUAGGUUGGCAGGAGCAGGGACCGAGCAACGGGAGCUCACCCCAUCACAGGGAUUCGAACCGCCGACCUUCUGAUCGGCAAGUCCUAGGCUCUGUGGUUUAACCCACAGCUCCACAGUGACAAUAAAGUAUUUCUAUUUCUAUUCUAUUCUAUGUUGGUUGGACUAGUCACCCCAAGGUGACUAGACUCCCUUGGCAGGUGCUGGCCUCUCCUUCCUGGAAGGUUUUUAAGCAGAGGUUAGACAGCCAUCUGUAAUGGAUGUUUUAACUGAGAUUCCUGCAUUUCAAGGGGUUGGGCUAGAUGACCUUUGGGUCCCUUCCCAUUCUAAGAUUCUAUGAGGGGUCUGCUUGUUCAGAUUCCUGAAGGUGGCUAGGAAAUGAAUGCAUUUGCAGAUUGAGGUGGAUAUGGGGAGAACUCACUUUAACGCAGGCUUCCUCAAACUCAGCCCUCCAUAUGUUUUGAGACUACAAUUCCCAUCAUCCCUGACCGCUGGUCCUGCUAGCUAGGGAUGAUGGGAGUUGUAGUCCCAAAAACAUCUGGAGGGCCGAGGUAGAGGAAGACUGGUUUAACAGCAGGAAAAGAGAGAACUUGGAAUCGACAGAUCCACCAGUCCCCAGCAGAGGCUGCUUGGACUCUGCUGUUUGAUCACUUGGAGUCAUGCCCCAGAGGAUUGUGGGUUAGCCCCAGAAUGCUUUGCUAUUUGGAAAGGAUUGUGGGAGUUCCUUCUGGCUCGUGGGGUGACCACUAUGUGAAACGAUACAUGACUGGGCACCUGUGAUCUCUCAAACCGGGUGUUUCCUUCUCUUUGAAGAGGAAAGGAAGUCAGAUUAGCCUCAACCAGAGCCAGGGCCUUUUCAACACUGGCCCCAGUCUGGUGUAACGCUCUGUCACAAGAGACCAGGGCCCUGCGGGAUCUGAUUUCUUUCCGCAGAGCCUUUAAGACAGAGCUGUUCUGCCUGGCCUUUGAUUUGGUCUGACCCUAUGUUUCCCUCCCUUUAUGUGAUCUAUAAAGGUAAAGGGACCCCUGACCGUUAGGUCCAGUCGUGGCCAACUCUGGGGUUGCGGCGCUCAUUUCGCUUUAUUGGCCGAGGGAGCCGGCGUACAGCUUCCGGGUCAUGUGGCCAGCAGGACUAAGCCGCUACUGGCGAACCAGAGCAGCACAUGGAAAUGCCAUUUACCUUCCCGCCGGAGCGGUACCUAUUUAUCUACUUGCACUUUGACGUGCUUUCGAACUGCUAGGUGGGCAGGAGCAGGGACCGAGCGACAGGAGCUCACCCCAUUGCGGGGAUUCGAACCGCCGACCUUCUAACUGGCAAGCCCUCGGCUCUGUGGUUUAACCCACAGUGCCACCCGCGUCCCUUAUGUCAUCUAUGGGCUACUAUUAAAAUGAGGCUGCAUUUUAACAUGUAUUUUAAAUUGGUUUUUUCUCCCCUCCCCCCCCCCUAUUAUGUUUUUACUGUACUUUUUACUGGUGUUAGCCACCCUGAGCCCGGCUCUGGCCAGGGAGAGUGGGGUGUAAAUAAAAAUUAUUAUUAUUAUUAUUAUUAUUAUUAUUAUUAUUCUCUCUUAUUCUGUAGGAGACCGUGGAUUUAUCCAUACAAGGAAAAACAUCCCCCUUGGUUCUUUCCCAAAAGAUCCCAAGAUGGCGGCCAACGGCGUGGUGGGUUCGGAGCCGGAAGACCUUGAACAGCGCAUCCACCAGGUCAACAAUGAGGUCGGGAAAAUUCUUUUUUUUGCCUCUACCAGCCAGAUCCCCCUUUUCCUUAUAAAAGUGCUCCUGGUAUUGCCCAGAGGGGUGGGGAGAAAGGGAAUUGGGAAGGCAACCCCCCUCCUAUGAGCUGAUUUCAACCCAGAACCAGAUUAUUCCCAGUCUCGCCUGGGUCGACUGUACACUAUUUCUCCUGCCAGGAAAUGAUACCCUUUGUUCAUUGACGAUUUGCGGCGAAUCCAGCUGGCGUCGCUGCCAGCCUGUUGCCUUCAAUAUCUUCUGCCUUGUUCUCCCACAUCCUUUCUGAUCUGUGGCAAUUUGCUCUCACAACAAUCCCCGCACAUAAAAUGCAGUUGCCAUGCUCAGCUGCUCUGUGUGGACUGGCAAACGACUGUUAAGACUUGGCGUGGCUAUUGCACCUUUAGUUAGUAGCUUCCUCUUCUGGAAAAAAUGGCCUCCUCCGGCCUUAAAUUGCUCCCAGUUUACUUUAGCAGCAGCCUGACUGUGUCCCAGUCUACAAUCUGGAGAACCUUCUGCCUGUGCUGGUCUUGAGGGUUAACCGUGUGGCGAGGUCCGAGUCCAGUCCGAGGUUGAGGGUGCGGUAUGGAGGCUGUCCGUCAAAGCUGAAGCUGGGUCCAAGGCGGGGAGUCGGGUGAGGUCAGGAACUCUGGCAGAAGAGCAGGACACGGUGCAGGCAGGAACGGGCUACCAACGAUGUUGCUCCUGCAACUUGGGGCUGGCUGGCUUUUAUCUGCCCCGAGGCAUAGGGCAGCCCCGAUUCUCUGGUGACUCGCCUCUCCUGGCCUGGAGGCGAGCACUCCUUCUGUGGGAACUUAGUUCCCUCCGCCUCUCUGCCCUGAGCCUCUGCAGCUCCGGAGAGGCUGGAGGGUGACCGGACCCAGAGGCAACCUCAGCUUCCCCUGACGGGGCUGAGAGUGGAGCACCUGCAGGCAAUGGGUCCUCCAUCACCUCCGGAGCCAGAGCAGACUCAGCUGAUGCCUGCACCUGAGGAUCCAGCACAGGUGAGGACCCUUCAGGCUCAGGCCCCAGCCCCGGCUCAGCUGGUUCUGGAGGCGGGGACUCCUGUGCAGGCUGGGAUUCCUCAGGUUCAGCCUCCGAGUCUGAAUCCCAGGCCAUUACACUGCCCCCCUCACCCUACAAACCCAGCUUGCAUUCCUGCCCAAAUAGGCCAGAGAUAUAAUUGCAAGGAAGCUGGCUUUGUUCUGAAGAACAAUUCUCGUUCUUGCAAAACGGCUACAAGUAUACUUAUGCAAAUGAGACAGAUUCCAACUAUGGAACUAAUUUGCUUUAGCGUGCGUUGCACUGCCAAAUGGUGUUUUGUUUUGUUUUGUCCCAAGGUGGGUGGGUGUUGGUGGCAAGAAAGGAUGUGCAGUUUUAUUGGGGUUACUCAAUGAAAAGUCUGGCUGGCUUAAGACAGGCUUGAGAAAGUAAUUUCUUCACAGAGUGCAUAAUUAACUUACAGAACUUGCCUCCAUUAUGGGUUGCGUUGGCUUCUGACUGAGGUGGCUUUUAAAAGGACAAAAGCAGUUUUUGCUAACCUGGUGCCCUCAAGAGGUGCUGCGCUAUAACUCCCAUCAGCACCACCUUCAGAGCUUCCCAGAGCUGUGAUUCCUGCUAUGAAUCUAUAAAUCAAUAAUAUUUAAUUUCCUGCUCUUUUUUUAUCUUCACUUCAGGCUUUGGAGAGCACCAGGAGGAUGUUGCAGCUGGUAGAUGAGGUAAGAAACAGCCCCUCUUCACAGAGAACUCUGCGAGGGGGAAUAGCAGGGCCUCUCAACACUCUCCGCACCCUUAUGCAACUACAGAUCCCAGGAUUCUUUGGGGGAAGCUUCCCACGAGGGAAGACACAGCGAUAACAGCAAGAGCCUUUAUUGAACUAACAGAACUGGACGACAGGGAGAAAGCAACUGCUUAUAUACGUUUCUGAAGGCCUGGGCCACGCCCACUCCCACUGUGAUUGGCUGUCUAAACUUCCAAGCUGCGAAUCAUGACUCAGAGUUUAAAGGCCAAUGGCAGAGGCUUUCUGUGAUUGGAUAUCAUGUAUCGAAUCAGAACACAGGAGCUCAGAAUCCUUAGUUCAGACUCCAGCUCAGGCAGACACAGAUCACUGAAUACAUAAGCGAAGGCUGGACUGUUUAAAGUGGCCCCAUAGCGCUUGAAAUGUGUUUUUAAUCUCCUGUUGGAAGCCGCCCAGAGUGGGUGGGGAAACCCAGCCAGAUGGGCGGGGUAUAAGUAAUAAAUUAUUAUUAUUAUUAUUAUUAUUAUUAUUAAAUGUGUGUUGCGAAAGUGACCCGAGGAUGAUGUUCUUUAACAACCUGUCCAUUCUGCUUUGCAAGCCUUUUGCAGAGAGUUCUCUAGUUGUGGCUGUUUUUCCUUUUGGACACAUUCAUGAGGACUAAAAACCUGGUGUGAAUGUGCCCUUCGUUGCGUUCGAUCCCUUGUUCUCACGUGAGCAACAUCGGGCCCCAGAAAUCUUGCAGAAUCCCAGAGAUGUUUAAUGUUCUUCUCUCUCUCUCUCUUUUUUUAAUGAUAUUUAUUGAAAUUUUUUUUGAAUUACAGAAAAAGACAAAACAGAAAAGGAAAAAAUAAAAAAAAUAAAUCCAUCAUUCUCAAAUCCUCAACUUUCAUUACCUUCUUUCUUUGACCUCCUCCUCCUCCCUUUUUUUGUAUCCUAGUUAAUAAUUAUUGCAGCAAAUCCUUUCCAUAAUUCAUAAUAUUCUGUCAUUACAUUACCUUAAUCUAUUUUCAUCUUAUCUUAUAGAAAACCUUAAAACUUAGAACUUAAAUCUUAUUUUUACCAACUUCUCAUAACCAUAAUAUUCUUACCUAAUUCUUUAUACAUUUUUGCUAGAGCCAAGUAAUUUCAUUUCAACAUUUUUCUAACAUUCAUCAAUUUUAUAAAACAAUCCUAGUAAUAAAAAAAAGAAAUAAAAAAAUCCAAUCUUCAUCCAGCGUCCCUCCCUCCUGGUGCCGGGUUUUGUCAGUCCUUUUUAUCCCAUUGAUCUAGCGCAUUAACCUGGUAACCUUAUAUCCGAGGCCCUUAAGUCUCUUCCAUGUCCCUUCCGCGGCUCUUCUUCAUAUUCUCCUUUCACUCGUGGGAACUCCAGCUUGGUAAUGUUUUUGACCCUUUUCAACAGAUCAGCCCCUUUUCCAUAGUCCAGACUAAACUCCAUGUGGUAUUUAAAAACAUGUUUCAAAGUCCCUCCAAAAUUGAGAGCCCCCACAGCUCCAAACAUCUCAUGGCCCAUUGCUGGACUCGGAAAGUCCAAACAUCCCUGCAUAGGGGGGUCAAUCCAACCCCCCAUUUCCAAACCAGUCCAAACUUUAUCUUUCCAAAUCUGGUUUUUUCCAAGUUCAUUUGUCAAAUCCAAAAGCUCAUGUUCCUGCAGGGCCGCAGCUCCCUCCAUCUCUGGCGCCCAAGAUUCAGCAACAUCCUCUUCUCUCAUCUGUUCUGUCAGGGCACACUCCUGAUUUAAUUCCUGGGUGGGCUCCAUAUAGUUUCCCACUGCCUGUUCAAAAAUUCUGACCGCAUUAGUCAUCAAAUCCGUCUUCUCAUUUAACUGUUCCAGUAGGACAUUUGUUUUACAGAGAGCACACAACAGAGCUUCUGAAUACAUUGUCCUACAAGGUCACAAGUCUAUUCCCACGAUUGUAAUCUGUGACAGCUGCAAGCUCCCUGGAAUUAGAUACAGUUUCACAGUCUCCCUCUAGGGGGAAAACUUCUAUUUGUUCUUUCUUUUAACGACAAAUCUAGCAACAAAGUUUCUUUUUUGAGAUAUUUUGUCAAUAUUUGUUCCUUUAAGAUGCGAAAGGAAACAGUGGAAUCACUAUGUUUCUCUUCUUUUAGCUAUCUGUCAAAAACAUUUGUCUCUGGUCAAUGAGCUUCAAACGUCAGUCCUGACACCCCGCUCCAGGAUCAGGACGGUGGAAAGUUACUUUACUUUAAACUCACUUCUGCAGGUUUAAACAGUCCAAAAAAGAUCCCCCUUCUUCUCCUGCUACCGAAGAGGGGUUCAACAAUUUUAAAUGAUGAAAGCCAAUCCUUUAGAAGUGAUUUUCUGAGCUCUAGUUUACGCUGUCUUUGCUUUAUUCUGUCUACAAAGAAACGGAAGGCUGACUUCCUGUUUAGACCUUCCCGUUUCAGUACCAAAUUGAAGUAAAUUUUUAAGUCCAAUUUCUUUCUGCUCGCAAGUCCUUAUUUAAAAUCCAAUUGUUCAAAGUUUAAGUACUCACGGGUGAUUAUUUUAGAAGCCAAAUUGUCCCAGGAAAAAGGCAGCGCUCUCCGGCAACGGCUAUGCGGCUUCGCUCCACGGAAAAAGCAGUUGACUCACAGCACCGCGCCACUUCCCCUCUUCGCUUCGGAGCCCGUUAAUGGUUCCUUUGCGGGUUGGGGGGGCGGGUUGGGGGUGCCUGCCGAGUCCCAUGGUCACAGGCUUCAUCCGCCUGUGAUUUUUAAAAGGGUCCCCGCUUCGCCGUAGCGGAAAAGACCCGUUUCGCGCGGAGCUAGUCCCUCCGAUGGCGCCACCCCAGAAGUCCUCGAUGUUUAAUGUUCUUCUCUUCUCUCCCCAUCUCUCCUUCCCAACAGAGCAAAGAUGCCGGAAUUCGAACUUUGGUCAUGCUGGAUGACCAGGGAGGUAAGGCCUCUGGCUUCACGGCAGAUCGCUUGCAGACCAUGGAGGUGUUAGCUGUGUACUGGUUCUGCAUUUGCAGUUGCUAUAAUUAAAGUCCUCUGUGGGUUGGCUGACCAGUCUUAAAAACCCCUGGGAGUGGCUUGAAUGCACACAGCAGCAGAAUAAGGUGCCAGAAGGAACGGGUACCACUUCAGAAAGUGGGAGGGAAAUACUCUUUUUGAGUGCGGCUCCAUGGGAUAGAAAAUAAUUCUUGAAAACAAUCAAAUGUAACAGUUGCACAUAGUUUUGGAGGAUUUUUGUUUGUUUGUUUUCAGAAUCUCAAAGGGUUAAGCCAAGACUUUCAGCAAAAGUGUUUUAUUAAAAGGGUGAAUUAGGUGAGCGAACAGUCUCAGAUGAAAAUAUGCACCUUGAGGAGAAAUGCUAGUUUGCUUUUGGUCACUGGGGACCGGUUGGGUAGAAGGCAGGGAGCCCAGCAGUAGGGGGCGCCAGAGUCAACAACAGGCAGAGGCAACUAAUUCUAGUUCUCUCUAUCCCCAUCCUCCUUCUACAAGGGGCAGCACUCAGACUGAGGAGCAGGAGGGAUCUGAAUGACAGGGCCACCCCCUAGUUCUAGUAAGUAAGAAGGCAAGCACCUGAGGGGCAAGCUGAGGGCAGGCUUAGGUUGGCAGGCUGCCCUCAUUUAUUUAAUUCCUUCAUUUCUUGCACUCAUACCCUAGCUUUUCCCCAAGGAGCUCAAGUUGGUGCAUGGGGUUCUCUCCUUCCCUGUCCAAUUCCUGCAACAACCCUGCGAGGUAGGACCGGCUCAAGGUCACCACUGGUGGGGAUUCGAACCCUGGUCUCUCCAGGUCUCGGUCUGGCACGCUAGGACCUGAAACAGGGUUGCCAUAUUUCAAGAAGUAAAAAUCCGGACAGUCGCUGAGCCCCAAAGUUGUCGGCACAGUAGCCUGCUCACACACCCCGGGCCGCUUGCACACUUUAAAAAAAAACCAAAAAAAACCCCCAGAGUUUUGUUUGGAAAUGAAAAAAUCCGCCCGGAUGGCAAAAGAGGAUGUGUCCGGUAUUUCCCAGACGUAUGGCAACCCUAACCAUUAGGCCUCGGCUCUGUUGCUCUUGGAGGGGAGAUCUGAAAACCAGCCAACACACCUCAAGGGAGCAUGAGAAACUGGCACUCCUCUCCACAAUCUCGCAAUACCUGUGAGACUCAUCCUGCGUGUUCAGAGAGGGCCGUGCAUAAUGUUUGCAGGUUCCUGAGUGUCUCCGCUGUCUCCCCUUCCCUUUCCCCUUCCUCAGAGCAGCUGGACCGGAUUGAGGACGGCUUGGACCAGAUCAUCCAAGACAUGAAGGAGGCUGAGAAGAACCUCACGGACAUGGCGAAAUGUUGCGGCCUCUUCGUCUGCCCCUGCGCAAAGUAAGUCCCCUAGCCGUGCAAGCGCCAGGAACGCCUCUCUCUCCUUGUUUUGGAUCAGAGCAAAGUAUGUUACAGGUUGAACUCCUGCCUGAACAUCUUUUCUUUUGAAAUGUAGGUUAAAGAAAAUAAAAGACUUGGAGGCCACCAAGGCCAGCAACGGCCAGGUGGUCUCUCGACAACCCUGUGUGGUGGCCGAUGGAAACCAGAUGGUCAUGAGUGGCCCCUUCAUCCAGAGGUAAGGAGUGGGGAGAUCUUCUCUUCCAAGACCACCUUGCACAACCAGGAGAUCUCUGCAGCCUCCAGGAGAGUUUCUCCUGCAAGCACCAAAGGUGUCAGAAGUCACUGGGAGCAGGGCCUUUUCUGCGGCUGCCCCAUUCUGUGGAAUAGCAUUCCUGUUGAGAUAGGCAGCCGCUCUCUGCCCUUUCCGGAAACGGUCAAAAGGUGUUUUUGUUCCAGUUGGAUAAAUGGGUUGAUAUGACAAGUGUCCCAUUUGUUAGGGCUUUAGUCCUGUUUUGUGCUUUUAAUUCUCUUAUGCCUAAAGGCAAUUAAUAAAUCCAUGGCAGUAGUAGUGGUAGUAGUAAUAAUAUGGUGAUUAGCCAAGAUUUAACCAGGUGAUUUAAAUAUUUAAUUGGACAAUUUCAAUGUAUGAGUUCCUUUAUCCUUUUGUAUUUUAACAUUUUUAGCCUGCAGAUUAUAAUUCUUGAUAAUGUGAAGCUGUAUCUUGGUUGAUGCUUUUAAAAGAAGUAUUAUUGAUAAGCUUCCAAAAUCUUUGUGUCUCUUCACUUUGAGAGGCUUUGAGUACUUUAAUUAGUAGCUCAUUCCUCUGAGCCCUAACGUAACUGGACUUUUAAAAAUAACUUUGUAUAAUUACUUCCUAGCUGGCUACAAAGAGAAAUUAGGAGCAUGGGUCUUGCAAAGUAUUCUUAGAGUAUGUAUUUUUAUUCUGCGGUUGAUGUGACCAUGAUGGUUACAACAAAACAAAACAAAACCCUAAUAAUAACAACAAGAAAAUGGCCAUUGUCAUCAUCCACCUUCCAUAGCUCAAUCGUGCCCUUUAUUUUCCUGGAUUGAAAACUUAGUUGUCGAACUUUUUCUUGGCCACUGCAAGGAAAGUAUGAUGGAGUACGAGGAGCCUCUGGCCUGAUCCAGUACCCAGGCUCUUACCUUCUUUGUGCGUUUUGCUCAGGAUAACGAAAGACGAUGUGGAAGAAGAGAUGGAACAGAACUUGACGCAGGUGGACAGCAUGCUGAGCAACCUUCGCAGCAUGGCGGUGGACAUGAGCAACGAAAUCGACGUCCAGAGCAAGCAGGUGGACAGCAUUAAGGAAAAGGUGAGCGAUGCUCCCCCCCCCCCCACAGGAUGGGCCAGGGCAGAGAACAUAUGCAGUAGCGCAUGACGUGAUUUUUUAAAAAUAAAAAGUUGAAAAUUUCAAAUUCUGCACCCAAGAUGCACAACUGGAAGACACCAUGUAAGGGAGGGUUUGUAUAUGCACAAAUUUUGAGUGUGCCACUCUGUGGGAAUGUUGUGGAUGUAGGAGAGGAUAUAUUGAUUAAGUAUAUCUGAAGUAUAUCUGAAGGAGCGUCUCCUCCCCCAUCGCUCUACCCGGAUGCUGAGGUCCAGCGCCGAGGGCCUUCUGGUGGUUCCUUCCCUGUGAGAAGCGAAGUUACAGGGAACCAGGCAGAGGGCCUUCUCAGUGGUGGCACUCGCCCUGUGGAACACCCUCCCACCAGAUGUCAAGGAGAACAACAACUAUCAGACUUUUAGAAGACACCUGAAGGCAGCCCUGUUCAGGGAAGCUUUUAAUGUUUAAUAGGUUAUUGCAUUUUAGUCUUCUGUCUGAAGCCGCCCAGAGUGGCUGGGGAAACCCAGCCAGAUGGGCGGGGUAUAAAUAAUAAAUUAUUAUUAUUAUUAUUAUUAUUAUUAUUAUUAUUAUUAUAUAUUAUUAUCCUUCCUCACUCAUGCUUGUGAGUCAGCAACAGGGCGACAUUCCCCUGUAUAUUGCAAGAAGCUAGUUGGUAGAUUCGUUUGAAUCUCUUUACUUAAGCAAUCCAGUCUGGCUUGUCCGGAUUGGAUUAUUCCUGGUAAUUUCCCCUUUAAUCCACUCUUUAAAAUAAUAAAGACACAACAGUCUUCUGUUAAGAAUAACAAGAAGUUUACUUACAUUCAGUUCACAGUUGGUUCCCUGAAGGAAGACUUUAGCUUGUAGUUACAGAAGAGAGCGUGAGUUCAUCCCAUAUGGGGAUUGAGCCCAUGUGCUGCUGGCUGAGAGCCAGCAGACAGCAAAAUACACCAGUAUCAGAAGAAAGCAGCAAAAGCGUCAGGGUCGAGAGAGAGAGAGAUGGCUGCAUGACUGGCCCAUUUACAGGGUCUCACAGGGUCAUGCCCAUCCACCUGGUCACAUGCCCGUCCAUCUGGAUGCUCCAGACCAGGUGUGACAGGAAGUCCUCCUGGCUGCAGUAACAUCCCCCUGUGUGUGUCCACUCUGGGCAAACAGGAAGUGUUGUACUUGACUGCUUAUGUUACAGCCCACUCUGACUAUUUCUGGAUCCACCAGCAGGAGGAUCUGUGACUUUACUUCCUUUGGAAAGAUCGUUCUAGUUAACACCUUCAUACAGAAUCCUGUGUACCGUUUUGGUUGCCCCAGAGUUUUUUCAAAAAUGAACAAAGGGGUAAUACAGAGCUUGGAAAGUUUCAGGAAAGGAUGAAAUGGUCAGGGGGUUGGAACACGUUGUGGUAGUGUUAGUACAGGUGAGGGAAAACUCUUCACACAACAUGUGAUUCCCUUAAGGCAGCCUUUAAUAAUAAUAAUAAUAUAUAUAGUAAUUUAUUAUUUGUACACAGCCCAUCUGGCUGGGUUUCCCCAGCCACUCUGGGCGGCUUCCACAAAGACCAAAAAUACACUAAUAUGUCAUACAUUAAAAACUUCCCUGAACAGUGCUGCCUUAAGAUGUCUUCUGAAUGUCAGGUAGUUGUUUAUCUCUUUGGCAUCUGAUGGGAGGGCGUUCCACAGGGUGGGGGCCACCACCGAGAAGGCCCUCUGCCUGGUUCCCUGUAACUUCGCUUCUCACAGGGAAGGAACCACCAGAAGGCCCUCGGAGCUGGACCUCAGUGUCCGGCCAGUGCGAUGGAGGUGGAGACGCUCCUUCAGGUAUGCUGGACCGAGGCUGUUUGGGGCUUUAGAGGUCAGCACCAACACUUUGAAUUGUGCCUGGAGCUCUCCACGUGCUUUGGACUACAACUCCCAUCAGGCUCAGCAGCCAGCGUGAUGGGAGGCGUAGUCUCAAGCCUGCUGCUUGAAACAGCCUCUGCCUCUGUUUUCUCACUUUCUUCUUUUCUCCUCAGGCCAUCGCCAACGUGAUUAGCAUCAACGCAGCCAACAACCAGACUACCAAGAUGCUGAAAAAUGCCUGA